UCAUAUCGUGAACAGCGCUCAAACGGGAAGGACGUGAAAUGAUUAUACGGUGUGCUCAUUAGAAACAUUUUAUUAUUUUUUUUCUCAAUGUUUCUAAUAUCGGAAUCAUAAAGUACAAAAGUAUAGGAUAGGUCCUUCGUGAAAUCGCCGCCAUCAUGGCGUCGGACGAACAAUUUUCAUUAUGUUGGAACAAUUUCCACGCGAACAUGUCAGCAGGCUUUCACGGCCUGCUGUCGCGUGGGGAUUUGGUAGAUGUAACGUUGGCUGCCGAAGGCAGAUUAUUACAGGCGCAUAAAUUAGUACUAUCAGUAUGUUCUCCCUAUUUUCAAGAGAUGUUCAAAUUAAAUCCAACACAGCAUCCAAUAGUAUUUUUAAAAGAUGUUAGUCAUUCAGCCUUACGAGACUUGUUACAAUUCAUGUACCAAGGAGAAGUUAAUGUUAAACAAGAAGAAUUAGCGUCAUUUAUUAGUACCGCGGAACAGCUCCAGGUUAAAGGUCUAACUGGAAAUCAAAAUGAAGAAAGUUCCACGCCAUCCAAACCAAAGCCGACCGCGAGGCCAGGCCCGCGAUCGUCGCAAAACCGGCAAUCUGUUAUGACUAAAAUAGAGACUGAUUUAGAUACUAAGCCCUCCUCAACUCCAGUAGCUGUUAAGAGACCAAAUAGGCCAUCAAUAGCAUCAAAUAAUUCGUCAUCUUCACAAAGUGGACCUGCGAAACGAAAAUGUGUAGAUCCUUUAGAAGCCGGACCAUCUGGAUCAGCAAAAGAGGAAUUUGUAACCAUUCCUGACGAAGAUGAAAACAACGCAGUGGCACCGAAAAUGGAACCAGAAUUUGUUAACGAAAGUAUGUGGGAUGACGAUGAAGAUGGUACAAAUAACGAUGAAACAAAUUUUGGCGAAGAUGACUCUAAUAUGGAUAUGACUGGAUUUGAUGGCUCUACAACUGGAGAUGGUAAUAUAUCUGGUGGAGGCGAAGGCGGGGCUGUAGGGGAUGCACAAGCUCGCUUCAUCCGCGCCGGCAAAGGUCGACUGCUGCUGCACCGCGGCUACACUUUCCGUUUGAAGAACAACUUGGCACAUGGACGUAAACAAUGGUACUGCUCCUCUCGGCUAACUUCGCGCUGUCUCGCUGACGUAAACACGGAAGGCCCUGAGGGACACGAGCGCAUCGUGCGUUCUCGCUACUCGCAUAAUCACGCCCCACCAAAUGUGCGCCGCUUCGCCGACGGGCGUUACGUCGUGCGCACACCGCACCAGAGCGGCCAUCGCGCACCCGCGCCCCUGGAUCCACACCACCAGCUGUUGCAGUUGCAGCACGCUUUGGCACUGUAUGCUGCCACGGCACACGCAACGGCCACGGCUAGCGCAUCGGCCGCCGUUUCCGCCAGUGUUGGCACCGGCACACAGGCCUCGCCGAACACCGUGCCGCCAGCCGCGCAGCACGCGCCCUCCGCCAAGCCGCUUCUCGUCGAUACGCCUUGUAACGAGGAAGAUUAAGAUCGGUGUGCUCCGCCUCCGAUGACGAUCGCGGUUCUUUGAGACCGAGUCGUCGCGAAUAGGGCGUACUCUUGUCAAAAACAUACAUAUUCGCUAG